CCAGGGUGGGGAAAGGGCCCUCCAGGGCCAGCCUCCCGUGGUCCCCGCCCCCGUCACGUGGGCGCCGGACGGGCCGCUGCCGCUCAGUGCGCUGGUUGGCCCGUCAGUUAGUUGGUGGGCCAGUGGCUCGUGGCUCGGUCCUCGGCUAUAUGUCCGGAGGUGGGAGGGACACGGGAGCGGCCCGCACACCUGAGCUGCUCGGCGAGGAUCCGCGGCCCGGAGUCCAGCCCGUGUGCACUUGACAUGGUUCUCCUCACGUGAGCGACUUUCCCCUGCCAGUGCUGGCUGGAGCGACUGAAGCUGGGACAGUGAUCGUGGGCGAGGAGUGACAGUUACCGUCUUCCUGCUAGAGUAAGAAGAGGAGGAGACUAAGCAGGCAAAAAGAGUCAUGGCUUCCGAUGCCAGUCACGCGCUGGAAGCUGCCCUGGAGCAGAUGGAUGGGAUCCUCGCAGGCACUAAAACCGGUGCAGAUAUUAGUGAUGGUGUCUGUGAAACUGGACUGUCUUCCCCAGCCUCCUACAUGAACCCAUUUCCAGUGCUCCAUCUCAUCGAGGACUUGAGGCUGGCCCUGGAGAUGCUGGAGCUUCCUCGGGAGAAAGCAGCCCUCCUGAGCCAGAUCCCAGGCCCCACAGCUGCCUACAUAAAGGAGUGGUUUGAGGAGAGCUUGUCCCAAGUAAAUAACCACGGUGCUGCUAGUAAUGAAACCUACCAGGAACGCUUGGCACGUCUAGAAGGAGAUAAGGAGUCCCUCAUUUUACAGGUGAGUGUCCUCACAGACCAAGUGGAGGCCCAAGGAGAGAAGAUUCGGGACCUGGAAGUGUGUCUGGAAGGACACCAGGUGAAACUCAAUGCUGCUGAAGAGAUGCUUCAACAGGAGUUGCUAAGUCGUACGUCUCUUGAGACCCAGAAGCUCGAUCUGAUGACUGAAGUAUCUGAGCUGAAACUCAAAUUGGUUGGCAUGGAGAAGGAGCAGAGAGAGCAGGAGGAAAAGCAGAGAAAAGCAGAGGAGUUACUGCAGGAGCUCCGGCACCUCAAAAUCAAAGUGGAAGAAUUGGAAAAUGAACGGAAUCAAUAUGAGUGGAAGCUGAAGGCCACCAAGGCUGAAGUAGCCCAGCUGCAAGAGCAAGUGGCCCUGAAAGAUGCAGAGAUUGAACGUCUACACAGCCAGCUCUCCCGGACCACAGCUCUCCACAAUGACCAUGCAGAGAGAGACCAAGAAAUUCAUCGACUGAAAAUGGGGAUGGAAACUUUGCUUGUUGCCAAUGAAGAUAAGGACCGUCGGAUAGAAGAGCUUACUGGGUUGUUAAACCAGUACCGAAGGGUGCAGGAGAUCGUGAUGGCGACGCAAGGACCUUCAGAAAGGACUCUUUCAAUCAAUGAAGAAGAACUGGAGGGAAGUUUAAGAAAGUGGACCCCUGUACAUAAAGGCCCUGAGGAAUUAUUUCCACAAGAGAAGCCACCAAGGUGCAGCUCUCCCAUGGUGGGGCCACCUCCACUGCCACAGAAAUCACUGGAAACCAGGGCUCAGAAAAAACUCUCCAGUAGUCUAGAAGACUUGAGAAGCGAGUCUGCGAAUAAGUGCAUUGAUGGGAACCAGCUCUCUCCAGUGGCAGAACCCAAGGACAGCCCUUUCCUGGCAGAACAGAAAUACCCCACGUUACCUGGGAAGCUUUCUGGAGCCACACUCAAUGGGGAGGCCACCAAAGCUACUCCUAUAGCCUCCCAACCUGACCCAACAGGGAGCAACCUGCUAAGGCUGAGAGACACAGAAAGUGGUUGGGACGACGCCGCCAUGACUAAUGAUCUCUCGUCCACAUCAUCGGGCACUGAGUCAGGGCCCCAGUCUCCCCUGACGCCAGAUGGUAAACGGAGCCCCAGAGGCAUCAAGAAAUUCUGGGGAAAAAUCCGAAGAACUCAGUCAGGAAAUUUCAAUACCGAUGCACCAGGGGUGGCAGAGUUUCGAAGAGGUGGGCUCCGGGCGACUGCAGGGCCAAGACUCUCUAGGACUAGAGAUCCUAAAGGGCAGAAAAGUGACGCCAACGCCCCCUUUGCCCAGUGGAACACAGAGCGUGUGUGUACUUGGCUGGAGGACUUCGGCCUGGCUCAGUACGUAAUCUUCGCCAGGCAGUGGGUGUCUUCUGGCCACACGUUACUGACAGCUACCCCUCAGGACAUGGAAAAGGAGCUAGGGAUCAAACACCCUCUUCACAGGAAAAAGCUGAUUUUAGCCGUAAAAGCCAUCAAUACCAAGCAGGAAGAGAAGUCUGCGCUGCUAGACCACAUUUGGGUGACACGGUGGCUUGACGAUAUUGGCCUACCCCAAUAUAAGGACCAAUUUCAUGAAUCCAGAGUUGAUGGACGAAUGCUGCAGUAUUUAACUGUGAAUGAUUUACUCUUCUUGAAAGUCACCAGCCAGCUACAUCAUCUCAGCAUCAAAUGUGCCAUCCACGUGCUGCAUGUCAACAAGUUCAAUCCCCACUGCCUGCACCGGCGGCCAGCUGACGAGAGUAACCUUUCUCCUUCAGAAGUUGUGCAGUGGUCCAACCACAGGGUGAUGGAGUGGUUGCGAUCCGUGGACCUGGCGGAGUAUGCACCCAACCUUCGAGGGAGUGGUGUCCAUGGAGGUCUCAUUAUCCUGGAACCACGUUUCACAGGAGACACCCUGGCCAUGCUUCUCAAUAUCCCCCCACAAAAGACGCUCCUCAGACGCCACCUAACCACCAAAUUCAAUGUCCUGAUCGGUCCUGAGGCUGAACAAGAAAAGCGAGAGAAAAUGACCUCACCAGCUUAUACACCACUGACCACCACAGCCAAAGUCCGGCCAAGGAAACUAGGAUUUUCACAUUUUGGAAACAUAAGAAAAAAGAAGUUUGAUGAAUCAACGGACUACAUUUGCCCAAUGGAGCCCAUGGAUGGUGUCAGUGACAGUCACAGGCUCUACAGUGGCUAUCGGGGAGUCAGCCCCCUUGACACCCCAGAACUGGAUGGGCUGGACCAGAUGGCACCUUCGGAAGGCACUGUGACGCAGAUAGGGCUCCUCUCCCAGGACAUUCACCGGCUUACGACUAUGCUGAGCCAGGACCAGCUGCUGAAUGACUCUCGCCUGGCUGCUCCCGACUCUGACGGCUGGAGAUGACUUUCUUCAUGACUGACAGCCCAGAGAGGCACGUGUGGAGCCCUGAGUCUUUGCUUCAAUGGGGAACUGGCACCCAGCCAUCUGCCGAGCCCAGAUGGGGGCUGGCAGAGCAUCUCGCACACGGGUGCUGACAGGAGCGAGCUGAGCUGGGGGACAGAUGUCCGGGAGGUGGCCCCAGUGUCCCUGUGUUUUCAACCGUGCUGUGCUCAUCGCCGCAGCUUUGAAACCUUGAAACCUUUUGUACUUUUAUACACAGACGGCAGAGCACUUUGCAGGGAGGACAGUGACAAAUCAGUGCGCACACUCAAUGGCUCACAUUCUGGUGACAGCCGGGAGUGAGGCUCGUAACCAAAGGGGAAGAGCUGUAAGUGCAUAAAACGUCUGCUGGAAAAAAGGGUUUUGAAGAAACAUUCUGAACGCCCUGUAGUGACCGAGUCGGUGAAACAACCACGGGGAGCGCCCUAGCAGACUGCUUUGCAAAAGCGUGUCUUUCCAUUGCCAGGGACCCUGGAGGGCAUUUGGAGUGAGAACAGGAAAAAAGCCAUGAGACUCCUUCUCCAUUUCCUUGGCUGCCCUCCACCUACCCACAUCCGCAGAGUCCCUGACACACACACACACGCACAUGCACACACGCAUGCACACACAGACACACACGCCUCUCCCUCCACUGACGUGCAGAGCACACAGUCUCCCAGGCUUUUCCUCUCACCAUCCUCAACUGGAAUGCCUGGUUAAACAGUGCCCCCCAGUGGAAGGCCCCUGGACAGUCUCAGAUCAACCCAUCUCCUCUACAAUGCUUGUCUUCCAGAACAGCAAAUCUGGCCCCUCUCCAUGUCUCCCUCCUUACUGAGAGGCACGUCAAGUCGCCAGAGCCUCAUGCCCACAUGCUGGCUCUAGUUCAAGCCUCAUCUCUCAUCUGAUUAUUGCAGCUGGCCGCCUACUUGGUCCCUCACCUCCCCAGCUGGUCCCCUGUAGACAUUCUCUACCCUAUCCCCAUAGGAACCUUCCCAAAGCAUUGCUUUAAUCCUGUCCCUUUCCUGUUCAGAGCACCUCAGUUACGGACCUACCACAGAGCAGCACCCAAGGCCCUUCACUGCCUUCAGCCCAUCUUUGAUCUUUGAUCCCUCCAGGCCUCUUCUCAGGGCCUUCUCUUGCUGUGGAAUGCGUUUUCCUCCUCUCCUUCAUGAGGCCAAAUCUCUGCUGGUCGAGGCCCAGCUCAGCUACCUCAUCUUUCAGGAAGCCUUUACCUCAGCCCCACAGUGCUGUGAAUGCCCUGGAGCCCAGCUUGCCUUGACCUUACGUGUCUGUCAUCUUACCAACUCCACCCUCAACACACACUUGCCAAGCACCUGCUAAGGGCUGGCUUCUGCACAGAGCUCAGACCCUAUCCUGGUCUUCAAAUUGCCCAGAAGAUCCAUACUCCUAAAUCGUCGGUCCACAUGAUCCUUCACAGGUGCACGUAAAGUACCCUCCUGGUGGGAAGGGGCUGGAGAUGCAGGCCUAAAUGCCAAGGUCCCUGCGUAACGGUGCUUACAUACAAUCCAGGGGUGGACUGCAGACUUGUUUCAAAAUGAGAGUGUGCUGAGUGCUCCAAGACAAGUCUCCGCAGUCCCAGAGAGCACUUGUCAUUUUUAACUGGGGUGCGGGAGUCUGAGAGACUCCAUGGAGGACGUGCUUCUUGAAUGUUGAAAGAUGAACCUUACUUCUCCAGGAGAGCCAGAGGGGAAGGGCCUUCUAGGCAGGCAGACCUGAAACACACAGCCAGGAUCUACUGCGAGCUGGAAAGAUAGAGCAGGGUUCUAGCCCCAGCACUAUUGUCACUUGGGGCUGGGACCUUCUGUCC